GAAGAUUUUCCAACAUGUAUAUAAAUAGAGACGACCUUUACAUACUUUUCAAGUCUAUCUGCUCAUUUCCUCACAGGAUCAAAGAGAGUUUAAACUUUCCUUAUACGUAUAAAUUACUCAGUAGAACCCAAAGACUGAGGCUAAUGGUUUCUCGACAAGAAGGAACCCUUUUCUCCAGAAAGAGGGAUUUCACAGCCUAUGGACAAGAGUCUCACAAUUCAUUCAAGAAGAUCAAACAAGAUGAUCAAACACAAGGAAAACUUCAGAGAACCGUGUUCAACGAAGGAUCAAACUCAGAGAGUAUGAGAUCAGUUACCUUUGAUUUUGAACUUCACCUCCGCACUCCUCUAACCACAGAGACUAAGGGCCAUUCAAGAACAUCUGAGGAUCAUAGGACAUACCUCAAAGAUCCGGUGCAUGUUGAGCGACCAAAGAUGAGCUUAGACCUUGAGCUAAACCUUUCACCUUCAUAUUCACCUACAAGAACCACAACGAAAAUAGAAGAAUCCUCAAAUUACAUGUCAUCAUCGAAUGGUAACAAUUUGACAAGCCCGAGUAAGAAGACCACGACUGGAAUAGGAUUAAACCGAUCAUUGUCAUGGCUUGCGUUUGACGGUGGUGAUGUUGAUGAUCAAAAGGAGCAAGAGAUGGUCACAAAAGUGUGCAUGAAGUGCCACAUGCUGGUUAUGCUCUCCACGUCAACUCCUGUUUGUCCCAACUGCAAAUUCAUGCACCCACAUGAUCACAGCUCCACAAAACUGUUUAAACCAUCGAAUUUGCUUAGGCUUCUGUGCUAGUGUCUUCAGGGUUACUGAAUGUAUGAAAAUUUGUACGGAAUAAUAUGAACGAUCAAGACUAGAUAAAGGAGAAAGUACUUAUGUAUAUACACUCCACGUACCAAAAGUUUUUAUUAUAUGCUUUCUACGAAGAAUAUUCCAUAUCUUAGUUCAUGGUUUAGAUCUCACAACGUAUUGGUAUUUGCAUUGAAUUGUACUUGAGAUAACACGUACACGGAAUUAUAUAUGCCAGAG